AUGUGUGACCUGUUUGUGGGAAUCUGGAAGUUUGUCUCCAGUGAAAAAUUUGAAGACUAUAUGAAAGAACUGGGUGUGGGUUUAGCCACCAGGACACUGGGCAGCUUUGCCAAACCCACUGUGAUCAUCAAUAUGAAUGGUGAUGUGAUGACCAUCAAAACAAAGAGUACUUUCAAAAAUACUGAGGUCUCCUUCAAGUUGGGGGAGGAGUUUGAGGAAACCACAGCAGAUGACCGGAAAACCAAGAGCAUUGUCACCUUGGAAGAAGGCUCAUUAACUCAGGUGCAGAAGUGGGAUGGUAAAGAGAUCACAAUAAAGAGAAAACUAGCAGAUGGGAAGAUGAUUGUGGAAUACACUAUGAACAAUAUCACUUGCACUAGAGUCUAUGAGAGGGCAUGA